AUCCUCACUAUAUCGUUUUUGGCUUGAAAGAUAGGACAAGGCAAGAGAUAUGUUGACAAAAGUCUUGGAGGCAACUCCAAACGAUGAUGAAGUUUUGAUAGAUCUUGCUCAGUUUCUGGAAGGAGUUGAUCCGCAUCUGGACGGCGGCAGCUUCGUGAAUGGCGUGAGACUAAUGCCAGACGAAGUGAAGAGGUCGUAGAGCUAUGGGAGCAUGUUGUUAGCCGUUCACCAUCGUCUCUUGGUAAUGAAUUGUGGAUAGUUUAUGAACAGGUCUGUGUUGCUGCUUUGGACUGAGCUCGUUUGGAUCUCGCAGGUGAAUGCAUCUCAGCUUUAAAUCAUCGUUUUCCUCGAGGUAAUCGAGUACUCAGGCUGCAGGCCAUGCAUCAUGAAGCAGCUGACCAAUUUAAUACUGCGCUGGCCCUAUAUGAAAGGCUUAUCGAGGAAGAUCCAACCAACAACUCAUUUCGUAAACGGAAGGUGGCUGUUUUGUUAGCGCAAGGAAUGAGAUUGGAAGCUAUACGUGAACUCAAUGACUACCUCAAGAUAUUUCUAAAUGAUUCGGAAGCUUGGCUUCAACUUAGCGAAUUAUUCCUAGUCGAAAGCGAUUUUGCCAAAGCUGCGCAUUGCUUGGAAGAAUGUGUACUUGCUGCGCCCCUAAAUACGCUGUUACUUGCGGCGACUGGCUGACAUACGUUAUACUCAAGGAGGUCAAGAAAACAUAGAACUAGCUCGUGCUUAUUAUGAACAGGCA